AUGCCUCGGGGCAGAACCUGUAAACACGCUACUGCCAGUCAGGCAGUAGAAGCAGCAAGGCAACUUUGUCAUCAACGGUACCUAUGCAACCACCAGCCUCAAGGCCCCCCUGAGUUCAUUGCCUAUGAGCCUCUCCUCCCUGGAGACCCACCAUGCCCAACACCUAUCAAUACAGGACUGCAAAUCAGCUCUGACAUCCCUAUACCAAGAGAUAAAACAAGUGGACACAACCCUACCCUGCUAGAUGAGCACCCAUGA